AUGUCUUAUUCACAAACAGCUGUUCGCUUCUUUGAAAGGCCUAAGCCUUUGGGUGAUGCCAUGGACACUAACUCAAACUCAAAGAUGUCCGGCUCGGACCCCCAGUCUCAGUGCAACGGCCAAACGGUCGUUAGACCGAAUGUCUCGACUGAGCGUCCCUCUUCGGAGGUCGCAGAAUUGCACAACCCGAAGACCCAGGGCUUGACCUUUGCAAAUCAGGAUUCCUUGCCUAAGCUUCCUAUUCCUGAUCUUGAAGAUACCUGUCGCAGGCAUCUUGAUGCGCUGCAGGCGUUGCAGGGCCCUAGGGAGCAUGAGGAUACCAAGGCUGCUGUGAGGGAUUUCUUGAAGAAUGACGGGCCGAUCUUGCAGGAGAAGUUGAAGACUUAUGCUGGGUCGAAGACGAGUUACAUUGAGCAAUUCUCUGUUGUUCUCAACCUCAAUCCAUUCUUCCUUUUGGAGGAUGACCCGACGCCCGCUAGAAACCACCAGGUGACUCGUGCUGCCUCUCUGGUUAUUUCAGCCUUGGCGUUUGUUCGAGCUGUGCGUCGCGAAGAGUUACCUCCUGAUACUGUGCGAGGAACUCCCCUCUGCAUGUAUCAGUACUCUCGUCUUUUCGGAACUGCUCGUCUUCCCACGGAGAAUGGCUGUGUCAUUAGCCAAGAUCCCUCGGCCAAACACUUGGCCAUCAUGUGCCGUGGCCAGUUUUACUGGUUUGAUGUCUUGGAUGAUAAGAAUGAUCUGAUCAUGAGCGAGAAGGAUAUCUCACUCAACUUGCAGACCAUUAUUGAAGAUGCUGCGCAGACCCCCAUUCACCACGCAGCAAAGGGCGCUUUGGGUGUUCUCAGUACGGAAAACCGGAAGGUCUGGUCUGGGCUGCGGGAUAUCAUGACCAAGGAUCCGAGCUCCAACAACGCAGAAUGCUUGAACAUCGUUGAUACUGCGCUCUUUGUUCUGUGCCUUGAUGACACAGAGCCAUCUACCACAGCUGCUCUCUGUGCCAACAUGCUCUGCGGUACUAGUGAAGUCAUCAAGGGCGUCCAAGUUGGAACUUGCACCAACCGGUGGUAUGACAAGCUUCAAAUCAUAGUGUGCAAAAACGGUAGCGCGGGUAUCAACUUCGAGCACACUGGUGUAGAUGGACACACAGUACUGCGCUUCGCCAGUGACGUGUACACCGACACGAUCCUGCGCUUCGCCAAAACCAUCAACGGUCAAGCACCAAGCCUUUGGGCAACUAGCAGCCCUGACCCUGCGAAGCGUGACCCCCGCAGCUUCGGAAACGUCAGCACCACACCCCGCAAACUUGAAUGGGACAUGACACCCGAGUUGAAUAUUGCCCUCCGUUUUGCUGAAUCCCAUCUUUCCGACCUACUCUACCAGCACGAAUUCCAAGUCCUCGACUUUGAAGGCUAUGGCAAGAACUUCAUAACCUCGAUGGGCUUCUCACCCGAUGCAUUUGUCCAAAUGGCCUUCCAAGCCGCCUACUACGGUCUCUACGGCCGAGUCGAGAACACUUAUGAGCCUGCUAUGACCAAGAUGUUCCUCCACGGCCGGACAGAAGCGGUGCGAACCGUCACAUCAGAAUGCGUAGACUUUGUCACAGCCUUCUGGGGCGAGAACACAGCUGAACAAAAAGUCGAUGCCCUCCGCUCAGCAUGCCAAAAACACACACUCACCACAAAAGACUGCUCCAAAGGCCAAGGCCAGGACCGCCACCUCUAUGCCCUCUAUUGCCUCUGGCAACGCUCCUUCGAUGAAGGUCUCUUCCCAGACGCAAGCUCGACAGGCGGCUACUCAAGCCCCGGCGAAGCCUCCUCCCCGUCAGAACUCGAGUCACCCAAACCCCUCUCCGAACCGCCCUACUCAGAUGACGGCCUGUCCUCGCCAAGCGGGAGCAGCACCCGCUACCGUACAACAACCGCGCCCACGCCGGCCAUCUUCAGCGAUGCAGGCUGGGACAAGAUCAACAACACAGUCCUCUCAACCUCGAACUGCGGAAAUCCGUGCUUGCGUCACUUCGGUUUCGGUCCUACAUCUGCCGACGGCUUCGGAAUCGGCUAUAUCAUCAAAGACGAUUCGAUCUCUUUCUGUGCUUCUUCUAAACAUCGUCAGACUUCUCGUCUCAUGCAUACCCUUGAAUCUUAUCUCUUUGAGAUAAGAAAGUUGUUGCGCGCCACUAGCCGCAAGACUUCGAGUCCGCGCACAAGCCGUGCUCGUGAGACCGAGGCGCUGGCGGAAGGUUUGCAGUCUGAGUCGAAUCGGCGGGGCAGGAUUGUUCGUCCUGGUGGUGAUCGGGCUGGUGCCGAUACUCCUACUUCUGCGGCAGAUAGUGCGUAUAUGGAAGAUGAUGGGAUGGGUGGAUAUGGUUUCUUCGAUGCCGGUAUGCUUCUUCAUGCUUUGAAGGGUCUUAAUGCCGACCGGGAUCCGCGCGGUGAGAAACCGGUUCGAAGACGAUUGGCGCACACACUAGAGUUCUAUUCCAAGGUUUUACAGGUCAAUUUCACAUUCCAUAACAAUCCCGCUGUCCAACACGCGACCUACCGCAGGAAACAAGCAACAGCAAAUGUCAAAGAAUCCCUAGAAUGGGGAACCAAGAUUGUCGGCGGUGUCAAGCCAGGUGUUGAAGGUGAACAUUUAGGACUACCGGUGUUCCCGUCUGUGAGGGUUGCACAAGAAAAGUCCAAACCAGAUGCAUCCGCCAUCUACGUUCCCGGCGCGCAAACAGCCCAAGCAAUCGAGGAAGCCAUCGAAGCUGAGAUUCCCCUCGUCGUGGCUGUUGCGGAACAUGUUCCCAUCCAUGAUAUUCUGCGUAUCCACGCAAUCCUAGCCACGCAAUCCAAAACCCGCCUCGUAGGCGCCAACUGCCCAGGCAUCAUAUCAGCAACAGGAAAAUGCCGCAUUGGCUUCCAGCCCCUGCCCUGCUUUGCGCCGGGGAAUGUCGGCAUAGUGGCUAAAUCGGGCACGUUGAGUUACGAGACGGUUGCUUCGACGACGCGCGCAGGCCUCGGGCAGAGUCUCUGUAUUAGCAUGGGCGGGGAUGUACUCGCUGGGACGAAUUUCGUUGACGGGCUCCGGGUUUUCGAGGACGAUCCUGAGACGGAGGGCAUGAUUCUUGUUGGGGAGAUUGGGGGCACGGCUGAGUUGGAUGCUGCUGAGUGGAUUCGGGAGUAUCGGAGGAGGGUGAGGGAUCCGAAGCCUAUCAUGGCGCUGGUUGGUGGUCGUGAGGCUCCUCCUGGGAGGAUUAUGGGUCAUGCUGGGGCUUGGGCUGCGCCUGGUGAACCUGAUGCGGAGACGAAGUAUCGCGCGCUGGAGCGUGCUGGGGCUGUGAUGGUUGAUCAUCCUGAGAAGUUUGGUGCUGGGAUGAAGAUGCUGUUGGAGAGACGGGCUAAUCGCCCGAGUUCAAUCGCUGGAGCAGGCUCGCAAAAGCGAGGUCUGCACACUAUGAGACGAGUAGCUCCAGUCUUGAGAUCAAUCCCUGGUCAAAAACGCAGUCUGUACAUCAAGCAGUUCCAGGCUUUUGAUCUCCUCGGGGAAAAGUCUGUCCUGGUCAAUGACAAGGCCUCGGAUUCUGAUAUUUCUAUAUCUAUCACCGUCGACCGGACGGCUUUGUCUCCGUGUAUUAUCGCAUCUUCAGCAGCCGGGUUUGACCCGGCAAACUCGCGCAAGUUUCCUUUUGCAUACACCCAAGCCAACUUUCGCGACAGCUCUAUCAUCUCCGAUGUUGCUGCAUACUUGGGCCUUUCGGCUUCUGGUAAUGAGAAGCUAGCCAGUUUGGUACAAUCCCUUUGGGAGAUCUAUAAGGAGAAAGAAGCAUUCGUGCUAGAGACACGGGUUGGAGUCACUGCUGAUGGGACUUUGGAGGUUCACGGUGCUCGUUUUGGAUUCGAUGAUGCAGCAUAUCGCAGCUCGGGACGUCAGCAGGAUAUUCACAAGUUGAGAAACACCUCCGAGGAAGUUCCUGAGGAAGUUGAAGCUGAGAAAGAUGGAAUUGUCUAUGUCAAGCUGGAAGGUGAAGGCAGCGUUGGCACACUAGGUAGGCCACCCAUCACGAAGCAAAGAAGUGUCACUGGUAUCCUCGUUCAAUCAGCUAACAGAAACCCAGUGAACGGAGCUGGUCUCGCUAUGAACACAGUGGACGCCCUUACAAUCCACGGUGGCCAUUGCGCCAACUUCCUUGACACGGGCGGCAAAGCAACAUCCGAAACGGUAAAGUCGUCAUUCCGGGUGAUUUGCUCUGACACACGCGUCAAGGCGAUCUUCGUCAAUAUCUUUGGUGGAUUAACGCGCUGUGAUAUGAUUGCGGAGGGAAUCAUCUUAGCGUUCCGGGAUCUGAAAAUGAAGGUUCCUGUUGUUGUGCGGCUGCGUGGGACGAAUGAGGAAUUGGGACAGAAGAUGAUUGCGGAGAGUGGACUUCCUUUGCAUGCUUUUGAUGGGUUUGAAGAGGCUGCUAAGAAGGUUGUUGCUUUGGCUAAAGAGUGA